GGGAAAUGUAGUCUCUGACCCAGCUUGGGCUCCGACUCCCGCCAUCAGAGGUGACAGCUCAGGAGGUACCGCAUCCUAAGGCAGCUGGAUCACCUUGAGGAUAAUUUUUUUGACCGAAGGAGGCUCCCUGCUGUCUGCCCUCCCCCAGGAAGGUUUGCGCAGCAGGGCCGACAUGGACCAGUCUGUGGCGAUCCAAGAGACUCUGGCGGAGGGGGACUACUGCAUCAUCGCAGUACAAGGGGUACUGUGUGAGGGAGACAGCAGGCAGAGCCGCCUGCUAGGGCUCGUGCGCCACCGCCUGGAACACGGGGGCCAGGAACACGCUCUCUUCCUGUACACUCACCGGAGGAUGGCCAUUACCGGGGACGAUGUCACUUUGGACCAGAUAGUGCCAGUCUCACGGAACUUUACAUUGGAAGAAGUGUCCUCAGAUGGCGAACUCUACAUCCUUGGUUCAGAUGUGACCAUCCAGUUGGACACAGCAGAGCUCAGCCUUGUAUUCCAGCUACCCUUUGGCUCACAUACCAGGAUGUUCCUCCAAGAAGUCGCCAGGGCCUGUCCAGGCUUCGACCCUGCGACACGGGAUCCUGAAUUCCAGUGGCUGUCCCGAUACGAGUGCGUGGAGCUACAACCAGACUCGGGGACGCUUCGCGGUUGGAACUUGUCCCGGGGUACCUGGCCCGGAUACACAACAAUUGGCGGAGGUGUUUCUAACUUUGACAAUUCAAGAUCAAAUGGGAAAAGUCUACUUGGGGACCAAAGCUCUGGAGGUCAGGACAAAGCAGAAAACUUGCUCACAAGACAGAAUAAAUCCAAGUCUGAAAUUACUGACCUGGUUCGCUCUUCCACUAUCACAGUAUCAGACAAGGCUCAUAUUUUAUCGAUGCAGAAGUUUGGACUGCGAGAUACAAUUGUAAAGUCACAUCUAGUACAGAAAGAAGACGAUUAUACCUAUAUCCAGAACUUCAGAUUUUUUGUGGGAACUUACAAUGUGAAUGGACAGUCCCCCAAGGAAUGCCUCCGGCCCUGGCUGAGCCAUGGUAUCCAGGCCCCCGAUGUGUACUGUGUAGGGUUCCAGGAGCUUGAUCUAAGUAAGGAAGCCUUUUUCUUUCAUGAUACUCCAAAGGAGGAAGAGUGGUUUAAAGCUGUGUCAGAGAGUCUUCAUCCAGACGCCAAGUAUGCAAAGGUGAAGCUCAUUCGAAUGGUUGGGAUUAUGCUACUGUUAUAUGUCAAACAGGAACAUGCAGCAUACAUCUCAGAAGUGGAAACUGAGACUGUAGGGACAGGAAUCAUGGGAAGGAUGGGUAACAAAGGAGGUGUGGCGAUCAGGUUCCAGUUGCACAACACCAGCAUCUGCAUUGUGAAUUCUCACUUGGCAGCCCACAUAGAAGAGUAUGAGAGGAGAAACCAAGACUAUAAAGACAUUUGUUCUCGAAUGCAGUUUUGCCAGGUUGACCCAAGCCUUCCCGCUCUCACCAUCAGCAAGCACGAUGUAAUCUUGUGGCUUGGGGACCUCAACUACAGGAUAGAAGAUCUGGAUGUGGAAAAAGUGAAAAAGCUCGUCGAAGAGAAGGCCUUUCAAACCCUGUAUGCAUAUGAUCAGCUGAAAAUUCAAGUGGCUGCCAAGACUGUCUUUGAUGGCUACACAGAGGGAGCGCUGACAUUCCAGCCUACGUAUAAGUAUGACACUGGCUCUGAUGACUGGGAUACUAGUGAGAAGUGCCGUGCUCCUGCCUGGUGUGACCGGAUCCUGUGGAAAGGGAAGAACAUCACUCAGCUGAGUUACCAGAGCCACAUGGCCUUGAAGACCAGUGACCACAAGCCUGUCAGCUCAGAGUUUGACAUUGGGGUGAAAGUCGUCAAUGAUGAGCUCUACAGGAAGACUUUGGAGGAAAUUGUUCGCUCCCUCGAUAAGAUGGAAAAUGCCAACAUUCCUUCUGUGUCUCUCUCCAAGCGAGAGUUCUGUUUCCAGGAUGUGAAGUACAUGCAAUUGCAAGUGGAGUCCUUUACAAUUCACAAUGGGCAAGUACCCUGUCAGUUUGAAUUCAUCAACAAGCCCGAUGAAGAGUCUUACUGUAAGCAGUGGCUGAGGGCCAACCCCAGUAAAGGGUUCCUCCUGCCAGAUUCUGACAUUGAGAUUGAAUUGGAACUUUUUGUAAAUAAGACCACAGCUACAAAACUCAACUCGGGUGAAGACAAAAUUGAGGACAUUCUGGUUUUGCACUUGGACAGGGGAAAGGAUUACUUUUUGUCUGUGACUGGAAACUACCUGCCCAGCUGUUUCGGGUCUCCCAUUCACACUUUGUGCUACAUGAGGCAGCCAAUCUUGGAUCUACCACUUGAAACUAUUAGUGAGCUGACUCUGAUGCCAAUACAGAAUGAAGAUGGUGGGAGCCAGUUGGAGAGCCCUAUGGAAAUCCCCAAAGAGCUCUGGAUGAUGGUUGAUUACCUGUACAGAAAUGCUAUCCAGCAGGAAGAUCUGUUUCAACAGCCAGGCCUGAGGUUGGAAUUUGAACAUAUCAGGGACUGUUUGGAUACUGGAAUGAUUGAUAACCUCUCUGCUAGCAAUCAUUCUGUAGCUGAAGCCUUGCUGCUUUUCCUGGAGAGUCUGCCGGAGCCUGUGAUCUGUUACAGUGCCUACCAUAGCUGCCUGGAGUGUUCUGGUAAUUACACAGCGAGCAAACAGGUCAUUUUUACUCUCCCUACAUUCCACAAAAAUGUCUUCAACUACUUAAUGGCAUUUUUGCAAGAAUUGCUGAAAAAUUCAGCAAAAAAUCAUUUGGAUGAGAAUAUUCUAGCAAGCAUAUUUGGCAGUUUAUUGCUUCGAAACCCAGCUGGUCACCUAAAGCUUGAAAUGACAGAUAAGAAGAAGGCUCAAGAGUUUAUUCACCAGUUCCUCUGCAACACACUCUGAACCUCUCCAUCUCCCCCUUUGUUUUACUGGAGGCAACCAAUUGCCAGCCCCACUGGUUUCAGCUCAUGUGAUGCCUUAAGAUGAUAUGAACCCACCUGGAAGCAAGAGUGGCAGCUACCUGAUUCCUGAACCGAGGCCUCCCCAACCCUGCCUUCAGUUAGAGUGCUCAGUGAUGAAUUGUGACGGCAUGGGGGAAACCUACCAUAAUAAAAACUGACAUUUGGUGUUCAACUUCUAGUUAACACAAAUCUCCAUUAAUUCUUUAUUACUUUACAAAAUUUAGGUCAGGCAUGGUGCUUGCCCAUAAUCCCAGCACUUGGGAGGCCGAGCCAGGAGGAUCAUGAAUUCAGAGCCAACCUGGGCUACAUAGCAAGUUCAAGGCCAUUUGGAGUACAUACUCUCAGAAAAACAAAAAAGGAAAACAAAAGUGACUGUACUUAUGCACACUCAGCCUUGCUCCAGGGCAAGUUAAUGACAUCCCUGUAGCCUGGGCUGAGCUCUUGACGAUCAGAUAUUUGAAUAAACUUUGGAGUCCUAGAAGGAAAAUGAGUUCGGACAGCAAGAAUUCAGGUGUACUUCCUGGAUAGACAAGCCCCAGCCACUGCUUAAGCUUCCAUUGCUCAAUCUGAGGACCUGCAUACAUGCAUACGAAAACUCUACUCUCUUCCUCCUCAGAUAUGGCUCAAUAACUCUGAAGCUGGUCACUCAGCUAGGGAGGGCAAUACAGUGGCUUAAAGGUGAAAACACUGAGGAAAUGCCUGUUCUGGUGAACGAGUGAGAACGUCUAGGCCAUCAAAUCGUCCAAACUGUAUAUUAUGAAUGUCCUCUCAUAUAUGUAAUAUAUUUUAAUGAUAAAUGUAUUUUUAACAGUG